CUGGUACAUUCUGCGAGCGCGCGCUCAGCACAGGUUUUGCAGAAAGGGACGAUCGCGCGCAUCGGCUUGUGUUUCACCUCAGUUCACCCUACAUUUAUCUUACAACAUCACAAUGCCGAAGUCAAAGGAAGUGCUGUCUUCAACCUCAGGCAGCGAUUCGGACAGUGAAGUUGACACGAAGGCCAAGAGAAAGAAGCAGGCAACACCAGAGAAACCAUCAAAAAAACAAAAAAGCGGAGAAAGUUCAUCUGCCUCCAAAAGCAGCAGCAAUAAAAAUGAUAAUAUGUUCCAGAUAGGAAAGAUGAGGUAUGUGAGUGUUCGGGAUUUUAAAGGAAAGGUGCUUAUUGAUAUCCGGGAAUACUGGAUGGACCAAGAGGGUGAAAUGAAACCAGGCAGGAAAGGUAUUUCACUCAACCCAGAGCAGUGGAACCAACUUAAAGAGCAGAUAAGUGAGAUCGACGAUGCCGUGAAGAGGACAUAAGUCCUGCCACUGACAACCUGGAUGCUCUUUUUAAAACAGAUUUUCACCCCACUCCUGCCUAUCCUGCCAUUUUAAGGUUUUAUUAAAGUAGUUGUCAAUUGUAUGAUGCCUUUUCUAUUUGAGCGUUUCAACGUGUUGGUUUUAAAAGGGGUUGGAUAGAAAGAUGACUGGUUUUAGCUUGUGCCCUGAAUUUUCAAUAAAGUUGAUGGAAAUGGACAA